GCGGGGUCGGCGCGGGACGGGCGGGCAUGGCGUUCCGACAGGCGCUGCAGCUAGCGGCCUGCGGCCUGGCCGGGGGCUCGGCAGCUGUGCUCUUCUCCGCCGUGGCGGUGGGGAAGCCCCGCGCGGGCGGGGACGCGGAGCCGCGCGUGGUCGAGGCGCCGGCGUGGGCGGGGACCGCGCGUCCCGGGCCGGGCGUCUGGGACCCCAACUGGGACAGGCUCUUUGGAAAUUUAAAAGUACGUCUGUUGCUGGUGGUGUGCUUCUUAUCGGACGGCUCUGCUCUGGAGUCUGGGAGUGGUCAUUGUGGGAUGGUUCACCCAAUCCCAACUCCUUACUACUUUACUCUGAACGAGGGGCACAGAACUAGUAUUUACUGUCAGCCUCGUUUUAUCAGGAACUGCAUAGAGAUCACAAGGACACGCCUCUCAUAUUUCAACAUUAGGCGAGAACCACUAUCCUUGGUCAACCUGCGGAAGAGGAACCUAGACUCUGGAGAAGAAGAACUGGCGUCCAGGCUGGACCACUGCAAAGCAAAGGCCACACGACACAUCUUCCUCAUCAGGCACUCCCAGUACCACAUGGAUGCCUCCCUGGAAAAGGACCGCACUCUAACACCCCUGGGUCGUGAACAGGCUGAACUAACUGGGCUCCGACUUGCAAGCUUGGGGUUGAAGUUUAAUAAAAUUGUCCAUUCGUCUAUGACCCGAGCCAUAGAAACCAGUGACAUCAUCAGCAAGCACCUGCCAGGUGUCUGCAAGGUCAGCACAGACCUGCUGAGGGAAGGCGCCCCCAUUGAGCCCGACCCGCCUGUGUCCCACUGGAAGCCAGAGGCUGUGAUUCCUUGCUCUGCCCCCAGCAGUAUUAUGAAGAUGGAGCCCGGAUUGAGGCCGCCUUCCGGAACUACAUCCAUCGGGCAGAUGUCAAGCAGCAGGAAGACAGUUACGAGAUCUUCAUCUGCCAUGCCAAUGUCAUCCGCUACAUCGUGUGCCGGGCACUGCAGUUCCCUCCUGAAGGCUGGCUCCGCCUGUCUCUCAACAAUGGCAGCAUAACCCACCUGGUGGUACGGCCAGAUGGCCGAGUGGCGCUCAGGACCCUCGGGGACACAGGGUUCAUGCCUCCAGACAAGAUAUCGCGCUCCUGAGAGCUGCUUGGAGGACCUGCUCUCCUCUAGCCCCUGUGGCUCCCAUGGGUGUCACCCAGGACAUGGUUCCUUCCCCAUCUUCCCUCCACAGGCUGCAUUGUGGUUACAUUGCACUCUUCCUGGAGAGUGAGAAAGUACAAAUAUCUCAAGUAUCUAAAAUGUGGUAUUUGGGUCCAUACUUGGCAGCCCAGGAUAGAAAAGGGAAUUGUUCUGAGCAGAGCAGCCUGACUUCCCUCUUGGGGUUUCCUUCCCUGUCUACCAGGAUGAGGCCUCACCGAUGCCAUGUGCAGGGACCACGGUCAGUCCACAUGGGUGUCUUCAGUCACUCCCACAGCUGGCCACAUGGGCCCUUCCCGGCUCCUUGGCACAGCCCGUCCCGGCACUCAACUCCGAGGAGGGCCGCCAGCACUUCCAUUCAGAACUCAUCCUACAUUCUUUAAGAGCCUUUUACCACUUAAAUAUUUGUCAACUAAAGACUCUCAUCUGGUUUCCUGCUUUGAUAACCAGUUUCUCAGUCUGGAGUCCUGCCCGACACCAUUGGGUCUGAACCCAGCCACAUUUAGCAGGUGGGGGAGGUGGCUGGAUGCUGAUGGGACAGCAGGGCAUCCUAUUUCAAUAAAAUACUCAACAGCUCAGUCUUUGCCUCUGGCUGUUUAUCCUUUAUGCUUAUGGAUUAAACUAUUUAGAUGUGAUGUGUCCAUCCCAAAUAUUCUGUUAACUUAGGAGAAACUACAAUUUCUAUGAAGUGGUUAUGAACAUUUUUUGCAAUCGGUACAACUGAUUGGGACAUUUAAUCCAUUUCUCUAACUUUGGAAAUAACUGCAAAAUAAAAUUUUAUUUUACCAACGUUU